AUUAUUAAACAGAGUAAUAUUAAAAAAUUUGAAAGGUUAUGUAAUAUUGGUUCUCAGCAGAGUGAUAAGGAAAGAAAGUUGAGCACGUGUGUUUUCAACUUCACAGAUGUGCAACUACUAAAGGAAGUGGAAGGUAUACUGACUUUAGAACCAGGUUUUGGGAUUCCUUUAACUCCUAGACAAGUUCCAGUAGAAGUUUUGAUUAAAGAUCUAGAGAAUGGGUUAAGAUUUGUAGAUAUAGCUGGUAGUGAUCUAAAAGCAGUUAAAGAAGAGCAAAGUAACAUAAGAUCUAAGAAAGAACCAUAG